UGUGGCGAUAGUUCGGUUCGUACGGGUCUAGACAGUCGCAGCAGAAAAACCCAACACAGAAAACUUAAUAAAAAUAAAUAUAUCUUUGAAAAAUCAAAUACUUUAUAGAUAGUGAACUUUGCUGUGCCAGCGGGAAGAGCGGAAAUUGUGCUGAAAUAUAUUUUAUUUAAUGAACUGAGCUCAAGAUCUACUACUCAGCAUGAUGACGAUAAGCUGGAGUGUGCUCUUGCUGCUCCUAUUGCUGAAUUUAACCUUAAACUUAGGCCUGCACCUGGAGAAUCAGACGCGGGAGCACGUCAAGCAGCUGAUCGCCUGCAAACAGCCCAAGGCGCCGGGCCUGUGCCGUGGCAAACAGCUGCGCUAUGCUUAUAACAAGGAGACGGGCAACUGUCAGAGCUUCUAUUAUACGGGCUGCGCCUCCACGGAUAACAAUUUCCUGACCUACGAGGAGUGCCGACGCGACUGCAUGCAGCGUGGACGUUACUAGAUUUUACAAGUUAAUCUAAACAAGAACUAAGACUUUCUGGCUUUUCUGGAUCUGCGCGGGCUGGACUGCGGUUGGGCUUGGGUCAGAGCACGCCAGCUGGCGAUCAGCAGCAGCAGCACCGCAAAGAUCAAAGUCAAACUGUCCAGCGAGUGGUAGACGAACCAAUUGAGCUCUAUGCCGGGUGACUGAAGCAGCUCCGCGGCCAGCAUGCCAUGUCGCAUCACGUGCUCCACGCUCCAAACGGCCGUCUCCAGCGGCGUGCGUUCGCGCUGAUUAAACACCUGCGAGAGCUUUAAGGCGCGUUCAGCAUAGCUGUGGAAAUUUUUUGGGUUUAGCUGGGAUAUCUCUGGAGAAUAGUUCAAUAAACGCACCUGGGCUUGCUCAGCUCCUGCAGCGACUGCUGCAGCGUUUCCACAUUGAUGUGCUCAUAGUCCAGCUUGAGUCCGACGCCGCGAUCCUGUGCCGCAUGCGAAUUCACAAACUGAUCACCGUAGAUGGGCGUCAUGAGCAGCGGCUUGCCGCAGUGCAGCGCCUCGGUGAGGCCCAGCAGGCCGGCGUGCGCCCAAAACAGACGCACUUGAGGUUGACCUACGGGCAGUAUAGGAAGUAAGUUUCGCUCUUCAGUAUGCUCGAACCUUACUUACAGAGCAAAGCUAGCUGUGGUGCCCAUUUGACAAAUAGAAACUUGCUGGCAUCCAGUUGGGGCUUGGGCUGCUCGGUCGCCUCCCAUUUCCAAAUCACAUUCAAAGGCUGCUUCAGCAGCACAUCGAUAAUGGCCUCCAGCUUAUCGGCAUCAAUGCUGGAAGCGCGCACCAUGGAGCCCCAGCUGAUGAAGAUGACGCCCUGCUUGGACUGCUCUAGGAACUGGGCGAUCCUCGGGCUCAGCUGCUGCUCCUCCUUGCUGGUAAUGUGCACGCCGCCCACCUCCAGAAACUGUUGGCUAUGCGGGCGACUGCCCAAAUGCGAGUAGUGCUGGUUGCCCAGCACGAAAGCCGUCUGGGCACGUGCCACAGCAUCCACAUCCACAUCGAUGUUGAGAUGGCGCUUGAUCAGCGCAUUGUCCGCGCGAUUCGUGUGUAGCCUGUAGAUCAGCUUCAGCAGCUUGGCCUGGGCAAAGUUCAGUAGGCGCUCCCUGAAGUUUAAGGGUCGAGUGAAGCCCACAAACUCGGACUGCACAUAGGAGGGCGUAUCCGGCAGAUCGAUGCGAUCGUAAUAGUAGGGCAUCAGGGCACAGGUGCUCAGUCCAAUGAUGGGCAGCUGCAGCAGCUUGGCAAUGCCCAGCUGGCAGUCCGUGCUGAAGUACUCGGUGAGCAGGACAUCGUAAGGCUUCUGCUGGUGACGUCGCAGCACAGUUUCCACAUGGCCACUCUCGUACAGCUGCUCGCAGGAUAUCUGGCCAUUGCUGUACAGCGCAUAGUACUCAUCCAGCAGUACCGUCAGGGAACGCGUGGGCGUGUGCUCUGACAGCGGCACCACAUUGAUGGUCGUAUUCGACUGGUCCUCGGCCGCAUCGGAGAUCAGCAGCUGCUCGUAGUUGGGCAGCUGUGCUGCCUGCGGAUUUCUUACAUACGAAAUGACGGUCAAGUGGUGACCACGUUGCGCCAGUUCACUUAAUAUCGGUAGCGCCACCUUAAAGUGACUGUAGCCAUAGUGCGGGAACACGGCGAGCACAUUGCCCCCCUCGACACCACCAUUUGCUCCACUUAACACCGCCAGACAGAAGCCAAUUAACGCCAACCGUUCGCUUCGCGUCGAUGUCGUCGUCAUCGCUGCGCUGCUCUCGAAUGAAUGCGGCGAAGUUCAUGAAUAUCAUGAUUACCUAACGCCUCGCUUGAUAAGCGUGUUGAAUACAUUGGGAUACUCAGAAAGCUA